UGACUCUGACUCCAGGUCAGCUGCAGAAACCUGGAGAAAGUCGUGCUUUAGUCCUGCAACGUUUUUUUUUGCAGGUUUGGGAGUCACCGACAUGGAUAGCAUGGACAUGGAGAAGCCACAGAAGCGUUACUGCAUCCGCGGAAAGCAUGCAGUCAUCAUCUGUGCGACGGUGGUGGUGUGCUCUUUGGCAGUGGGCCUCGGGGUGGGCCUCUCCAAAGCAGACACCACUCCUACACCUUCCACACCAGCCCCCACAGCAGGGCCUACCGUGCCGCCGCCACCGCUCAGAGGGCCCUGUGCGCCUUCCACUGACUCCAGUGGAGACUGGAAGAAUUUCCGUCUGCCCAGCUACGUGAACCCGGUCCACUAUGACCUGCACCUGGAGCCAGACCUGGACGACGACAUCUACAUGGGUACCGUGGACGUCCACGUGGAAGUCAGCAAGCCCACCCGCCAUCUGUGGCUACACAUUAGGGAGACGUUUGUCAGCGCUGUGCCCAGGCUGACGAUGCUGGACAGCCAGGGGGGCAAGAGGGAGGUGGCAGUGAAGAGCUGCUUUGAAUACAAAGACCAUGAGUAUGUGGUGGUGGAGGCCGCAGAGGAGGUGCCGGUCACCGGCCCAGGAGAAGUGUACGUUCUCAGUCUGGACUUCCAGGGCUGGCUCAACGGCUCUGUGGUGGGAUUCUACCGAGUCAUCUACACCGAGAAGGGGGUCACAAAAAAGAUUGCUGCGACUGAUCAUGAGCCAACAGAUGCUCGCAAGUCAUUUCCCUGCUUCGAUGAACCCAACAAGAAGGCCACCUACACAAUCUCCAUCACUCAUGAUGCUAACUAUGAAGCUCUGUCCAACAUGCCUACUGAGGGAGCCCCUAAAGAACUGCAAGGCAAUAAAAAGAAGACCUCCUUUAAGAAGUCCAUUCCAAUGAGUACCUAUUUGGUAUGUUUUGCUGUGCACCAGUUUGGCCAUGUGGAAAGAACUUCUGCCGGAGGAAUUCCUUUGAGAAUCUACGCACAGCCAACUCAGUUAGGAACUGCUGAGUAUGCAGCCAACACAACCAAGAUCAUCUUUGACUACUUUGAGGAAUAUUUCAACAUGUCUUUCUCCAUCGAUAAACUGGAUAAGAUAGCCAUCCCUGACUUUGGUACUGGUGCCAUGGAGAACUGGGGCCUCAUCACCUACCGGGAAACCAACCUGCUGUAUGAUGAGAACCAGUCCUCGUCCUUCAACAAGCAGCGAGUGGCCAGUGUUAUCGCCCACGAGCUGGUUCACCAGUGGUUUGGGAACAUUGUGACUAUGGAUUGGUGGGAUGACCUCUGGCUUAACGAAGGCUUUGCCAGUUUCUUUGAGUACAUCGGUGUGGAGAAAGCUGAACCUAGCUGGGGCAUGCGAGACAUCAUGAUCAUCAGUGAUGUGCUACCUGUCAUGGUGGACGACGCCCUCCUCUCCUCUCACCCGAUCAUUGUGAGCGUGUCGACCCCGGCAGAGAUCACCUCUGUGUUUGAUGGCAUCUCAUACAGCAAGGGAGCGUCCAUUCUCCGGAUGUUGGAGGGUUGGAUGGGUAAAGACAAGUUCAGAGACGGCUGUCGAAAAUAUUUGAAAGACUACUACUUCAAGAACGCCAAAACCGCCAACUUCUGGGCAUCUCUCGCCGAAGUGAGUGGGUUGCCAGUUGCGGACGUAAUGGAUACAUGGACCAAACAAAUGGGUUAUCCUGUGCUGGACCUGUCUUUCUCAGACAUGAAUGCCAAACUGAGCCAAAAACGAUUCCUCCUGGAUCCUAAAGCUAAUGCCAGCGAGCCUCAUUCACCUCUUGGGUACAAGUGGACCAUUCCAGUCGAAUGGCACUCUGUGAAAAGCAACAAAAAUAUGUUGACGAUAUUUAACAAGAGCAACACAGAGCUUGUCAUCAGUGACUACUCGGCCUCAGAGGAUGGGCUGCUGAAGGUUAACAACGAUCACAUCGGAUUCUACAGAGUCAACCAUGACGAGCACAUGUGGAAUGCUAUCAGUCAACAGCUUCAAAACAACCACUCGGAGUUUGAUGCAGCUGAUCGCACAAGCUACAUUGAUGACGUUUUCGCUCUCGCAAGGGCAGAUGUUAUAGAUUAUGGUAAUGCCUUCAAUCUUACCAAGUACCUGAAAGAUGAGACUGAAUACAUAGUCUGGGAACGCGUGGCCGCCUCUAUCGCGUAUGUUCGGGACAUGCUCUCAGGCAAUGAGGCGCUCUACCCAAAAUUUCAGAGACUGUUUCGUGACCACGUCAAAGUAAUCGCAACCCAGCUUGGAUGGACUGAUAACGGCACACAGACGCAGAGGUUACUGAGGGAGACUGUGCUCAGCAUCUCUUGUCAGAUGGGAGACCAGGAGGCUCUGGAUGAAGCCUCUCGCCUUUUUGACCAGUGGAUUGAUGGAAGACUCAGCAGUGUAGCAGUGAACCUGAGGCUGCUGGUCUAUCGCUAUGGCAUGAAGAACUCAGGCACCGAAGCAAAGUGGAACAUAAUGUUCCAAAGGUACAAAGAUACUUCUUUGGCCCAAGAGAAGGAAAAGCUGCUGUACGGACUUGCAUCUGUGGAGAAUGUGGAACUCCUAAACAGGCUCCUGGAGGCUACUAAAGAUGAGACUGUAGUGAGGAGUCAGGAUCUGUUCACUGUGGUGCGAUACGUUUCCAACAACCCACUGGGGCAAGUCAUGGCCUGGGACUGGACCACACUCAAUUGGGACUACCUGGUCAACAGGUACACCAUCAACGACAGGAACCUUGGUCGCCUACUGGGUCGACUCAGCACCACCUACAACACAGAGCUCCAGCUGUGGAAGAUGGAGCAUUUCUUCAGACUAACACCAAAUGCCGGUGCUGGGGAGAUGCCUCGGAAGCAGGCGCUGGAGACCGUGAGGAACAACAUCGAAUGGAUCAGGAUGAAUGAAAACGAGAUCAGAGGGUGGCUGGAGACCAACUUGGUCUGAAACGGCACCAGUGUAAAACACUGCAGGGAUACAGAAAUGCUGGAGUGCAACCAUGAUCCUUCCCUCGGUGCGCAGCACACAAAGACUCAAAGUACACCCCACUCUCUGUGCACUAGUAUGUUUAUUUGUAUUGAUGAUCAAUAAUGCAAGUGUAGAAGUCUUUACUUGCUGGAG